CAAGUUGCUUGGGAGCAGAAUGAAAGAGAGGUGGGGCAGCUGGGAGGGAUGGGCGAGGAAAGGGACACACAUGUGCAGAAAAUCAGGCAUGGGAAGACACCCCAAACUGCCUGCUGUGGCCCGGAUAUCCCCUCUCCCCAGCUCCCUGUGCACACUCAGUGCAUCUCCCUUUGCCUGAGCAAACAGGACUUGUAACUAGGGCCUUUGCUGAGGCCAGCACAUAACAGGGCCACUGGAAUGCACAAGGACAGGAUCAUUCUCAAAGAGAAAAGGAGCAGUCCCAGAAAAAUGGGUAUCUCAGUGAAGCCUUGAAGAACAUAAAGCAGCUCUCUAGGUAAAUAAGACCCAGAAGGACACUCCAGAACAAAGACGGCUUGAGAGAGCAGGACGGGGCUCAGAGACAGGUAGGAAGGCCGAGGGCCAGAGGCUGGAAUGAGGAAGGUCUGCCUCCAGGGCAGUCUGCACAGGGAACUGGGCCAACCAGGGGUGGCUUCUCUCCAAAGUGUGCCCGGGGAGGUCCCUGCUGGUUGCCAAGCUCAGACAUGAACUUUGGGCCAGCAGGUGACUUUGUACACUCUCGGCCCCACAUGGGAUAGUUGGCUCAGUCUUGAAUGGUAGAUGCCACUGCACCAACAGCUGGGAAGAGAGAAAGUAACACGACUCAAGGCACACGAGGGGUCCUGACCAGAAUCCCUGGGCCCAGUGGCUUUUCCGUGAGUACUCAGAGGGCUGAUCCCAGGUCUGAAAACAACGACAGUAUCAUUCAAGAUUCAAAGGUAGACACUCACCAUGGAGAAAGUGAGGCUGGGGUGUAGCUCGGUGGGAGGGCUCUUGCCUGGCAUGUGAGGCCCUGGGAUCCAUCCCCAGCACCACAAAAAUGAGAAAAGAAAGUGAAAAGACAUCCUGCAGAGUAGAAGAAAAUGUUUGCAAGUCAUAUAUCAGGUAAGCCUGAUAUCCAGAAUAUGUAAAAGAACUCACAGAACUCAACAACAACUUGGUGUAAAAAUGGACAGAGGAUUUGAGUAGACAUUUGUAUACCUUAUCUCUCAAGAAGGCAUACAGUAGUCAAAAAGCACACAAAAAGGUGCUCAGCAUCAGUAGUCAUCUGGGAAAUGCAAAUCAAACCCAAGAUGAAAUACCACUUCACACCCUCUAGGAUGGCUAGAAUUAAAAGAUAGAAAAUAACAAGUGUUAGUGAGGACAGGGAGAAAGUGGAACCCUCUCAACAUGGCUAGGAGGCAUGUCAAAUGGUGCAGUCACUUUGGAAAUCAGACCCUCAAAUGAUUAAAGUUGUCCUAUGACCCUGCAAUUCCACUCAUAGGUGUGUAUCCAAGAGAAAUGAGAUCAUAUCCACAUAAAAACUUGUACGUGAAUGUUCAAAGCAGUGUUCAUUCUAAUUGCCAAAAGGUGGAAACCACCCAAAUGUUCUUCACCUGAUGAAUAGGUAGGCAGUGGUAUAGCCACCGAGUCAUAAAGAGUCAAGUACUACUCCGUGCAACACGGACAGACCUUGACACACCACUCAGGACAAGAAGCCAGAUGCAAAAGACCACUUAUUACAAGAUUUUUUUUCUAUGAAAUGAAUGUCCAGAAGAGGAAAUUCUCAAAAGACAGAAAGCAGAUGAGUGGCCAUCAGGGCCUGGGGAUGGUGUGUGUGUCAUGGGGUGCGGCGGAGAGAGAUUGCCAACAGGAUUAAAGCCUCUUUGGGCAGUGAUGAAAUGUCUUGGAAUUGGAUUGUGGUCGUGGUUGCACAACUUGUGAGUGCAUUACCAAAUACCCAGUUCACUUUAUUAUUAUUUGGGUACUGAAACCCAGGGGUGCCCCUCCACUAUGCUGCAUUUUUUAAAUUUUAAGAUAGGGUCUUGCUAAAUUUCUGAAGGUCUUGCUAAAUUGCUGAAGCUGGCCUCCAAUCUGUGAUCCUCUUGCCUCAGCCUCCUGAGCCACAGGUAUUAUAGGCGUGUGCUACUGUGCCCGACUACCUUGUUCAGAUUUCAUAUGUGAAUCAUAUAAUGGAAAAGGACAGGGAAAGCAGAUGGGUGGGAGGUGCACGGGCUCUCACAUUGCCCUGGAAUGCCCUUGCCUGUCACCUGUGGCCCAAGUCGGUUCUGCUUUGGGAGGAGGCUGGAUCCUAGACACAGUCACCUCCCUACACAUGCUCAGGGGACCUGAAGGCUUGGCAGUGAGAGAGCUGUCUAUAGCCAAGGGUGUUUUGUCCCUGGAGUCGAGGAGCACCAGUUCCUUACCUGGUCCUGCAGGUAAAGCGAGGCUUCCGAGACCGAGUUCUCCAUGGCAGUCUUGCCUCUUUCCUGGCUCUCCCUCAGCUCAGCCAGCUCCUUCUCAAUGUCAGCCACAGUGACUCUGUGAUGCAUAAGAGCCCACCUAGCUCCAGGGCCAGACCAGAGACCCGAGCUCAGCAGCACAGAGCCUGGUCCCUGGGGCUGCAGGGGGAUGAAGGAGGCCCGCUCGCUGCCCCUGACAGGCCCUGCUUCUGCCCCAGGAGCUGCCCAGUGUGUUGAUCCGAGGUGUCUGGGCAGUGGGACAGGGCCCUGCACAGAGGAGCUCUGAGGAACUGGAGCUGGAUCUCCCCCCAGGACAGUGGGAGGAGCCUUGUGCCAUCGAAGCCCUGCUUGUGAGCUGUUUUAGGAACCUGAGGGACUCCUGCCAGUUCCUUGAACUAGAUUUGGCAAUCUGAAGAACAGGUAUGACCCAGGUCAAAGAGAGCAGUCAAAGCAGGGCAGGAGAAAAGUGAGGGCUGCCACCACCUCCCGGCUGGGGAACACAGGACGCCAGGACGGGGGCGCACAGGGUGAGCGUCUCACCGGAUGAUGCCCAGCUGCAGGCCCAGCUGGCUAGCCUUCAGCUCCUUCCCCGCUUCCCGCUCACUGUCCCCUUCCAGGAGCCUUUGUAGCUUGUUCAACUGCAAACCCAAUGGCAGGGGAAGGUCAGGCAGGCCUGGUCCCCCUUCCUGCAUGUGCUCCUGCAGCCCACACGUGCUCCUCCCGUUCUCUAAUCUUUACCCAGUCCUUCCUGACAAAAACCUAGGUCCCUUCUGGACAUCCAGACACCCACCGGCCUCCUGGAUGCAGAUAGCUGGCAUUGAGAAUUCUAAAUUCCUAGCAGCCCCUUGCAAUGACCUCUGUCCCCAGAAAGUGCCAAGUCUGCCACAUAUAAUCAAAGGAGCUGAAGCCUGCUUAACUCAGCCAUAUCUUAAUAGCUUUGAGGUUCAGGAAAUGAACACAGUAAUACUUGGGGUGCACUUCCUAUCUGAUGGAUGGCAAAGGUUCAGUCAGACAACAGAUCUGAGAAAGGACUGUGUCACCAUCAAGCACAAAGCACAAGUGCUCUGACCCCCCAGGAGGCAAAGGAGGUUCACCUUCCCUUACAUACUUGGGCUCUUUCCUGACGAACUUCUUUGGCCAAGGCCUUUAGACUCUUCAGCUGUUCCUGCAGGUCAGGGGGUAUGGUCUUUUGGACUAGGAAAACGGAGGCCUUAUUGUUAGAGGGGUUAGAUUCCCAGUGGAUUCCCACUCUGCAUUUCCAACCCCAAACAAAAUGAAGAACCCCAGAGAACACUGCCUUCCCUGGUGAGUGUGGGGAGGGGAUGAGGAAGGAGGGAAGAGGAUUUUCUUUCUCCCAUAGAAAACCCGCUUAGUAGCCUAAAGGGCCAGGAGCCCUCUGACCCCAGGCGCCCUCUGACCCACCGCUGGGAUUUUACUCAUCCCUGGAACCUAGACACAAGCGAGGCAAGCUCUCUACCGCGGCUCCGCUCCUGGCAGAGGGGCUGCAUUCCUCCCCUGAGGCCCGUCAGAACUGCUGGCCUAGCUCCAGCCUUUGCCCCACCUAUUCAUUUGGACCCUGAAGGCCUGUGGGGCCCAGAAAGUCUCAGAGGGGACACACGAUACCUGGAGUUGUGGCCAGGGGAAGGGAAGGAUGCCGCUGACUUAGAGUGAAAACAGUGACCUCUCCCCAGCCCUCCACGGGGUACCCACCCGUCAGCGCCGGCAGGCUCUGUACCCCGGGGUACCCACCCGUCAGCGCCGGCAGGCUCUGUACCCCGGGGUACCCACCCGUCAGCGCCGGCAGGCACUGUACCCCGGGGUACCCACCCGUCAGCGCCGGCAGGCUCUGUACCCCGGGGAACCCACCCGUCAGCGCCGGCAGGCACUGUACCCCGGGGUACCCACCCAUCAGCGCCAGCAGGUACUGUAUCUUCUCCAAGUCAGUGUGGCCAGCUUUCUCCUCAUCCAGAUCCUUCAUUCUCUCCUUUAGCUCCACAUAGAGGCUGAUGAUCUCACCCAUCAGACGAAAUGUUUCCACGGCCAUGGGGAAGUUGGGGGCCAGUUUCUCCAGUGACUCACGCCUCUCACUAUGGGCCUCACUCCUUUCCGAGUCUUCUUGACUCGCGAAAGAGGGAACCUCUUGGACAGGGGCCAUCUGGGCAGGAUGCCCAGGUUGCUGUGAGUCACUUGUUCUGUUUGGAUCCAAAUAUUCCUGAUCAUGUGGACCAAUGCCAGGAUAACCUGGGCCAGAGACAGAGUAUGCUCUACCUUGUUGAGCUGCCCUUGGGUACACCUGGCCUUGCAGAUCAGGUCCAGAUGAUACUGAGAGCUGUUGAUCUGGGGCUCGGCCCCGCUGGUCUGAGCCAGGGUGUGUCAAGCCUCGCUGAUAGGUUCCUGGUGAUGCCAAACCUCGACUGGGUAACAGUGAUGACACCUGGCCUCGUGGCUCUCGGCCAGGAGGUCCCACACCACGUGGAUAUGCAGCAGGCUGAGCCAAACCACCAGGAUAGACACCAGGUUGGAAAAAUCCAGGGGGAUAAGCAUCAGGUUGGACCAAACCAGGAGGAUGUUCUCUAGGUUGAGCUAAGCCAGACAUGUAUACGCCAGGCUGAACCAAGCCACGUGGCUCUGUACUCGGCUGUAACGAAACACGCUGACCCGUUCCAGGCUGCCCUGUACCAAACUGACCUGCACCAAGCUGGGCAAAGCCACGCUGAUCCACACCAUAUGGCACAAAGCCACGCUGACCCAUCCCAGGUUGCAUGAAACCAUGCUGAACCAUACCAGGUGGUGCCAAGCCACGCUGACGCAUGCCAGAUGGCGCCAAGCCACGCUGACCCACACCAGGGGGUGCUACAGCACUCUGAUCCAUGCCAGGUGGCACCACAGCACCCUGAUCCACACCAGAGGGAACAAACCCACGCUGAUCCACACCAGGUAACACUAAAGCACCUUGAUCCAUGCUGGGUGCUACUACAGCAUGCUGAUCCAUGCCAGAUGGCACCAAGCCACGCUGAUCCACACCAGGUGGCACCAAGCCACGCUGAUCCACACCAGAUGGCAACAAGCCACGCUGAUCCACACCGGGUGGCACCAAGCCACGCUGAUCCACACCGGGUGGCACCAAGCCACGCUGAUCCACGCCAGAUGGCACCAAGCCACGCUGAUCAACACCAGGUGGCACCAGACCACGCUGAUCCACACCAGGUGUCACCAGGCCACGCUGAUCCAUGCCAGGUGGCACCAGACCACGCUGAUCCACGCCAGGUGGCACCAGACCAUGCUGAUCCAUGCCAGGUGGCAACAGACCACGCUGCUCCACGCCAGGUGGCACCGGACCACGUUGAUCCAUGCCAGGUGGCACCAAGCCACGCUGAUCCACGCCAGGUGGCACCGGACCACGCAGAUCCACGUCAGGUGGCACAACACCAUGCUGAUCCAUGCCAGGUGGCACCAAGCCAAGCUGAUCCACAUCAGGUGGCACCACGCCACGCUGAUCCACGCCACGUGGCACCAAAUCACGCUGAUCCAUGCCAGGUGGCACCAAACCACGCUGAUCCACGCCAGGUGGCAUCAAACCACGCUGAUCGACGCCAGGUGGCACCAAGCCAAGCUGAUCCACACCAGGUGGCAUCAAACCACGCUGAUCCACGCCAGGUGGCACCAAAGCAAGCUGAUCCACGCCAGGUGGCAUGAUGCCACGCUGAUCCACUGCAAGGGGCAGCAAGCCAAGCUGAUCCACGCCAGGUGGCACUACACCACGCUGAUCCACGCCAGGCGGCACCAAGCCACGCUGAUCCACACCGGGUGGCACCAAGCCACGCUGAUCCACUCCGGGUGGCACCACGCCACGCUGAUCCACUCCGGGUGGCACCAAGCCACGCUGAUCUACACCAGGUGUCACCAAGCCACGCUGAUCCGCACCGGGUGGCACCAAGCCAUGCUGAUCCACUCCCGGUGGCACCACACCACGCUGAUCCACACCGGGUGGCACCAAGCCACGCUGAUCAACGCCGGGUGGCACCAAGCCACGCUGCUCCACUCCCGGUGGCACCACGCCACGCUGAUCCACGCCGGAUGGCACCACGCCACGCUGAUCCACACCGGGUGGCACCACGCCACGCUGAUCCACUCCGGGUGGCACCACGCCACGCUGAUCCACUCCGGGUGGCACCAAGCCACGCUGAUCCACUCCGGGUGGCACCACGCCACGCUGAUCUACACCUGGUGGCACCAUGCCACGCUGAUCCACACCGGGUGGAACCACGCCACGCUGAUCCACACCGGGUGGAACCACGCCACGCUGAUCUACACCGGGAGUCACCAAGCCACGCUGAUCCACUCUGGGUGGCACCAAGCCAUGCUGAUCAAUGCCGGGGGGCACCACGCCACGCUGAUCCACUCCGGGUGGCACCAAGCCACGCUGAUCCACUCCGGGUGGAACCACGCCACGCUGAUCUACACCGGGUGGCACCACGCCACGCUGAUCCACACUGGGUGGAACCACGCCACGCUGAUCCACACCGGGUGGCACCAUGCCACGCUGAUCCACACGGGGUGGCACCACGCCACGCUGAUCUACUCCGGGUGGCACCACGCCACGCUGAUCAACUCCGGGUGGAACCACGCCACGCUGAUCCACACCAGGUGGCACCAAGCCACGCUGAUCCACUCCGGGUGGCACCACGCCACGCUGAUCCACUCCGGGUGGCACCACGCCACGUUGAUCUACACCGGGUGGCACCAAGCCACGCUGAUCAACGCCGGGUGGCACCAAACCACGCUGAUCCACGCCGGGUGGCACCAAGCCACGCUGAUCCACACCGGGCGGCACCAAGUCACGCUGAUCCACGCCAGGUGGCACCAAGCCACGCUGAUCCACUCCGGGCGGCACCAAGCCACGCUGAUCCACUCCGGGUGGCACCACGCCACGCUGAUCAACGCCCGGUGGCACCAAACCACGCUGAUCCACUCCGGGUGGCACCAAGCCACGCUGAUCAACUCCGGGUGGCACCACGCCACGCUGAUCAACGCCCGGUGGCACCAAACCACGCUGAUCCACUCCGGGUGGCACCAAGCCACGCUGAUCCACUCCGGGUGGCACCACGCCACGCUGAUCUACACCGGGUGGCACCAUGCCACGCUGAUCUACUCCGGGUGGCACCACGCCACGCUGAUCAACUCCGGGUGGCACCAAGCCACGCUGAUCCACUCCGGGUGGCACCACACCACGCUGAUCAACGCCGGGUGGCACCAAGCCACGCUGAUCAACGCCGGGUGGCACCAAGCCACGCUGAUCCACACCGGGUGGCACCAAGCCACGCUGAUCCACUCCGGGUGGCACCGCACCACGCUGAUCUACAUCAGGUGUCACCAAGCCACGCUGAUCUACACCGGGUGGCACCACGCCUCGCUGAUCCACUCCGGGUGGCACCAAGCCACGCUGAUCCACUCCCGGUGGCACCAAGCCACGCUGAUCCACUCCCGGUGGCACCACGCCACGCUGAUCUACACUGGGUGGCACCAAGCCACGCUGAUCCACGCCGGGUGGCACCACACCACGCUGAUCAACGCCGGGUGGCACCAAGCCACGCUGAUCAACGCCGGGUGGCACCAAGCCACGCUGAUCCACUCCGGGUGGCACCAAGCCACGCUGAUCCACUCCCGGUGGCACCAAGCCACGCUGAUCCACUCCCGGUGGCACCACGCCACGCUGAUCUACACUGGGUGGCACCAAGCCACGCUGAUCCACGCCGGGUGGCACCAAGCCACGCUGAUCCACUCCGGGUGGCACCAAGCCACGCUGAUCCACUCCCGGUGGCACCAUGCCACGCUGAUCCGCACCGGUUGGCACCAAGCCACGUUGAUCCUCUCCGGGUGGCACCACGCCACUCUGAUCUACCCCGGGUGGCACCACGCUACGCUGAUCUACGCCGGGUGGCACCACACCACGCUGAUCCAUUCCGGGUGGCACCACGCCACGCUGAUCCACACCGGGUGGCACCACGCCACGCUGAUCUACACCGGGUGGCACCACACCACGCUGAUCCACUCCGGGUGGCACCAAGUCACGCUGAUCCACUCCCGGUGGCACCACGCCACGUUGAUCUACACCGGGUGGCACCACGCCACGCUGAUCUACACUGGGUGGCACCGAGCCACGCUGACCUACACCGGGUGGCACCGAGCCACGCUGAUCCACUCCUGGUGGCACCACGCCACGCUGAUCUACACCUGGCGGCACCACGCCACGCUGAUCUACACCGGGCAGCACCAAGCCACGCUGAUCCACUCCCGGUGGCACCACGCCACGUUGAUCUACACCGGGUGGCACCACGCCACGCUGAUCUACACUGGGUGGCACCGAGCCACGCUGACCUACACCGGGUGGCACCGAGCCACGCUGAUCCACUCCUGGUGGCACCACGCCACGCUGAUCUACACCUGGCGGCACCACGCCACGCUGAUCUACACCGGGCAGCACCAAGCCACGCUGAUCCACUCCCGGUGGCACCACGCCACGCUGAUCUACACCGGGCAGCACCAAGCCACGCUGAUCCACUCCCGGUGGCACCACGCCACGCUGAUCCACACCGGGUGGCACUACACCACGCUGAUCCACUCCAGGCGGGACCACGCCACGCUGAUCCACUCCGGGCGGCACCACGCCACGCUGAUCCACUCCGGGUGGAACCACGCCACGCUGAUCCACACCGGGUGGCACCAAGCCACGCUGAUCCACACCGGGUGGCACCACGCCACGCUGAUCCACGCCGGGUGGCACCAAGCCACGCUGAUCCACUCCGGGUGGCACCACGCCACGCUGAUCCACUCCAGGUGGCACCACGCCACGCUGAUCCACGCCGGGUGGCAUCACACCACGCUGAUCCACGCCGGGUUGCACCAAGCCACGCUGAUCCACGCCGGGUGGCACCACGCCACGCUGAUCCUUGCCGGGUGGCACCAAGCCACGCUGAUCCACUCCGGGUGGCACCACGCCACGCUGAUCUACGCCGGGUGGCACCACACCACGCUGAUCCACUCCGGGUGACACCAAGCCACGCUGAUCCACUCCCGGUGGCACCACACCACGCUGAUCCACUCCGGGUGGCACCAUGCCACGCCUAUCCACUCCAGUGGGCACCAAGCCACGCCGAUCCAUGCCAGGGGGCACCAAGCCACGCUGAUCCAUACCAGGUGACACUACAGCAUGUUGAUCCAUGCCAGAUGGGACCAUGCCACCUUGUUCCAUGCCAGGUAUCAUCAUGACACGCUGAUCCAUGCUAGGUGGCGCCAUGUCAUGCUGAUCCACUGCAGAUGGCACUGUGCCACGCUGAUACAAGCUAGGAGGCACCAUGCCACGUUGGUACACACCGGGUGGCACUGUGCCACGCUGAGACACACCCAGUGGCACCAUGCCAUGCUGAUCCAUGCCAGAUGCCACCAAGGCAGGCUGAUCCAUGCCGAGUGGCUCCAAGCCAGACUCACUCACACCGGGUGGCACCAAACCAGGCUGGCCCACGCCGGGUGGCACCAAACCAGGCUGUCCCACGCCAGAUGGCACCACGCCACGCUGGCCCGCGCCGGGUGGCACCACGCCACGCUGACCCGUGCCGGGUGGCACCACGCCACGCUGACCCGUGCCGGGUGGCACCACGCCACGCUGGCCAACACCGGGUGGCACCACGCCACGCUGGCCAACACCGGGUGGCACCACGCCACGCUGACCCACGCCUGGUGGCAGCACACCACUCUGACUCAUACCAGGUUGCACCAAAUCAUGCUGAACUGCACCAGCUGAUGUCAAACCAUACUGAUCCACUCCAGGCUGCACCAAACCUUGCUGAUCUAUGCCAGGCUGGGCCAGACCAUACUGAUCUGCACCAGGCUGUACCAAACCACGCUGACCUAUACCAGGUUGGACUAAGCCACGUUGUGCCAUACCAGGUUGCACCAACCCAGGUAGAGGUGCACCAGGCUGCACCCAAAGAUCACUAGGCAGUGCCCCAAGUUGUGCCAGACCAUACUGAUCCAUUCCAGGAUGGACCAACCCCUGCUGAUCUGUGUCACGUUGCACCAAACCAUGCUGAUCUGCACCAGGUGGCACCAGAUCGUGUGGAUAUGCACCAGGUUGGACAAAGCCAGGCUGAGUUGUGCCAGGAGGUACCAAACUAGGCCUGUGUGGACCAGGGUGGACCAAAGUACGCGGACUUAUGCCAGGUUGCACCAAACCUUGUCGGUCUGUCCCAGGUGGUACCAAAAUACUCGGAUCUGCACCAGGCUGCACAAAGCCAGGCCGAUCUCUGCCAGGCUGGACAGAAUCACGCUGCUCUGCGCCAGGUUGUAUGAAGCCAGGUGCUUCCAAAGUGGGCUGUCCCAGACCUUGUUGAUCUCCAACAACCUGCAUCAGACCAGGUGAUACCAAAGCACGCUCAUCUGUAAGAGGUAGAAGCAAUCCCUGUUGGUCCACGCCAGGCAGUGCCCGUUGUUGCUGAUCCAUGCCAAGGAGUCCCAUAUCACGCUCAUGUGUGCCAGGCUGUUCCACACUACGUUCAUCUGUGCCAGGAAGUAUUGUGCCAUAUGGAUAGGUUCUGAGCGGAACCAUACCAAGUUGGUCUGUACCUGGUUGUCCCAAUCUUUCUUGAUCCCUGCCAGGUACUAAAGGUGGCACCACACCACGCUGAUCCAUGCCAAGUGGUGCCAAGACCUGAUAGUACAUUUCGGGUGGCAGCUCACCAAGCUGACUCCCACCGAGAGGCACCACACCAUGUGGAUGAGUGCUAGGAUAUGGAAAUUCAAAUCGCUCUGGUCUUGUUCUUUGCUGACCUGGCCAUUCAUAGACUUCAUCUUGGCCGAUACGCACUCCACGACGCUGAUCUGGAUAUGCAUAAUGCUGAUCUCUGGCUAAGGGCAAGUCCUGUUGAGAUGGGCCAGGGCGUACCUCUCGCUCGUCUCUUCUUGGAUGGGUCGUGGUGGGUGUCUCUCUGCCUUUGCGGCGCUCUGACUCUGCUCUUAACUGGGAUGUAGACUGGCGCGGUUUUGGCAUGCCGGCUUCAUCACGAACCCUGCCCAGAAAUCUAGUAGUAGAGGAACCCCUGCUUCGAUCUCUGAGGGAGACACCUUCAGAGGGGUGUCCACUGGAUUCUGAUGACUGAUCCAGGCCACCAGUGGAAUCCCGAGUCUGGUCAGGACUUGGAUGUUUGACAGAGACUGAACUUGGAGCUUGAUCACUCAGUGUUAAAGAAGACGGCCCUUUGCGCUUAGGAAGCCCCACUUCUGAGCCCUGGAUGAAGAGGAAGAAGGAAAUCAAUAACUGCAAGUCAAACAUACUGUGAGAGUCAAAAGAAAGGAGAUCUGGGAUAACUAACUAUGGUGAUUUAAAGUCCUUAAUGAGAAAAGUCCUAAAAGCUAAGUUAGACAUAAAGACUUUUAACAUUCUUAAAGGUCAUCAGGUUUUUGACACUCAGCCCACGUGCAACAUGCCAAUUCCCUUCAAAAAAGAUGGGGAAGCUGCAAAUACCAGCGAUCCUCCAGGUUCUGAGUCAUAAAUAAAAGAAGUUAUUUGUUAAAUUUAAAAUCUAAAGUCUGCCCAUUAUAUUAUAUUUUGAGACAGGGGCUUGCUAAACUGCUGAUAGUAGAGGCAUACACUGGAGAUGAGCAAACCAAAAUGAAAAGCAUCCAAGCCUUGGGUCAGAACUCCAUAGACAGGGAUUUUCUCUAUGGACUCUCACGGGGAGUGCCAGGAGAAGUGUACAAAGACGGAACCUGGGGUAGAUACCAAUCCUCGGGGCAGACCCAUACGGUGGCGUACUAUGAACCCACUCAAAGUUAAUGAUGGGCUGUUUCCAUUUUCAGCCAAGAUGGAGACAGAGACUGGAUUUACCCUCUCAUCUGUAACAACCAAAACCCAACAGCUAUGAAAUAGAGGUUUUCCAAACAUGGCUACCAGGUAAUGAAGAAAGAAAAUUCAUGGGGGAAUGGAGAAAUAGUGUGUUUCCAGGCUACAGUGCAGGGAGGGGGAACUGGCGCAGAGCCUGGAGGGUUUCUGGAGUCGAGGAGAUGGAGCUGAGCAUUAAGGGAGACUGAGGCAACUCCAGUUCAAAGGGCAGAAUAUCAGCAGAAGGGAAAUACAGAAGGUCCCUUCUAGAAACCAGCACAGAAAUGAUCAGCACAUACAUGUGAGGAGAGCAGCCAGCCUGGGAAACAACCAACUUUGCACAGCUAGAGGGAGCAGCACCCAGACUAUGGGACCGGGCACGAUGCCUGCUUUCACCAGCCAGUUUGGAAAAACUCAUCAUUUAUGGGGCCCAGGGCAGUGUUCUCAGCAAAGUGUUGCCUCCGAGGUGGAGAAGAGUCAGCCCAAGACUGAACACUGCUAUGGACCCACCUCACAAAUCUAGAAGCAAGAGCUGAGAGGAUCAAAUGGUUUUCAAAUAAGUGCAUCAUGGUGGUGGAUCGUAAAAAUAUUCAGCAUCCAGGGAAGAAAAAUUCACAAUGACUGGCAAGCAAUCAAAGAUGACCAGGCAUGUAAAGAGACAGAAAAGCAUGACCCUUAACAGGGAGAUGACUUAGUUGAUUGAAACCACACUAACACUGACCCAGGUGUUAGAAUUAACAGGAAAGGACACUAAAACAAUUAUUAUGGCUAUUAUUUCUUAUGUUCAAAAAGAGCCAGUCACAGGAGGUGGUGGAUGAAGCCAGUCAUCAUCAGAGAUUUCAACACCCUGCAUCCAUCAUCCGUCAGAAGUAGGGACGCUGGUAAGGACGUUGCCCUGUUUUCUGAGGGCUACCAUAAUGAAGUCCCAUAACCUUUAACAGAAGAAAUUUCUCGUCUCCGAAGUUCUAGAGUCUAGAAGUCUGAAGCGCAAUCGUCAGCAGGACUGGUUCCAUCCAGGGCCUGAGGGAGCAGCUCUCUGCCUCACCGGGCCUUGCAGCCUCCAGCCCUCCUUGGUCUGUAGGAGGCCUUUCCCUUACUUCACAUCGUCUUCCCUCUGUACAUGACUGUGGUGUCCAGAUUCCCUUCUUAUAAGGACACACUCGUAUGGGGUUAGGGCCCAUCACAAUGACUUCAUCUGAACUCCAUCAUCUGCCAAGUUCCUGUUUCCAAAUAAGGUCACGUUCACAGGUCCUGGGGUUUAAGAUCUCAAGAUUUGUUUUGAAAGGAGAGUGUAACCCUAAUGUAUGUAAUAAACUUCAAUAAC